AUGAUUUUCCUGAUGGAUUUGCAGAUGAUGCUGCUGGAUGUGUUGUACUCCAUCCUGCGUGCCACUGUGCAGCUUGUCUUCAAGCCGCGCUCCAAACCAGUGGAUGGGGAGCUGGUGCUCAUCACCGGCGCGGGGGGAGCACUGGGGCGCCUCUUUGCCCUGGAGUUUAUCAAGAAAGGGGCUGAAGUGGUGUUAUGGGACGUCAACGCCAGUGGCAAUGAGCAGACGGCCAAGCUGGUGCGUGAGGAGGGGGGCACGGCGCACCCCUACACGGUGGAUGUGACCAACCGGGAAGAGGUGUACCGUGCCGCUGACCUGGUGCGGAAGGAUCUGGGCCGUGAUGUCACCAUCCUGGUCAACAACGCUGGGGUGGUGGCUGGGGAACGCAUGCUGGACUGCCCCGAUGAAAUGUUGGAGAGGACCAUGAAGGUCAACUGCCACGCCCUCUUCUGGACAGUCAAGGCCUUCCUUCCCCAGAUGAAGACUCAGAACCAUGGGCACAUUGUGACGGUGGCCAGCGUCCUGGGGCUCUUCAGCACAGCGUGUGUCGAGGAUUACUGUGCCAGCAAGUUUGCAGCGGUGGGUUUCCAUGAGUCGUUAGCACACGAGCUGGCAGCCGAGGAGAUCGAAGGAAUCAAAACCACUUUGGUGUGCCCAUACAUUGUGGACACUGGCAUGUUUGAGGGCUGCAGGAUCCGGGACGAGGCUGAGUUGUUCCUGUCACCACUUGACCCCUUAUACUGUGUGGAGGAGGCCAUGAAUGCCAUCCUCAUAGACCAGCCCAUGGUGUGCAUCCCCCGCAUCACUUACCUUGCCUACAUAUGCCGAGCGUUACUGCCAUGGGAAUCAAACGUGAUAACCUACAGGUUCACAGGAUCUGACAAGUGCAUGUAUCCCUUUGUUGACGCAAUGAAGAAACGCACCACCAACGGCCUUUCACAGCUCACCUAAUCCCCAG